AUGCUAUUCAGGCCAACUAUACUCCUCCUUACCUUGGCCGGCAUGACCUACGCCUCACCUGCGCGCCUCGCCUCCCUCUCAACCAGAGACAACUACCCUACAAACAUCGGCAACCCAUCGUACUGCGAGACAACCGGAAUAUGCGACUCGUCCAAACUAUCCAACGGGAAUACUCAAUGCACCGACGACGAAAAAUUGACAUGCCAAUACUACAGCUGCAACGUUGCCUGGGACGAAUGCCAAAAUGACGGCAGCUUCGGAUCCUGCUCCAACGCUCUAAACACAUGCGAGCCCGUCGGAGGUCGACCGAUGUCCGAAAACGAUUGCAACAAUUUGUUCACAGGCUACGACGGCUCUGUCUGUCAGGACUGUACCUCGGCUAUUAAUGGACGGUGUCAUAUCAACCCGGAAGCCUAUACGGAAUUUUCCGAGGGAGAUGCUUGCAAAAAGUCAACCGAGGAGUGUCUCCGUGAAGACUCUUGCCUCUCAGCUCUUUUUGACUGCGAGUACAUUGGUGGACCCGAGAUCUCCGAGGAUACGUGCAAGCAUGCUAUUAUGGGGUAUCAGACGAGCGAAACAGAAAUCCAGGAGGGGCCUGUGUGUGAUGAUUGUACAUCUUACAUCAAUGAGAGAUGUCUAUUGGAUGAGGUCAACCUUUCUGCAUUUGAAAAGGAUUACCAGAUCAUCUAG